AUGGACCAGAAAGCGGGGAAUCUUCACAACAAUGCCAGAGCACUUGAUGUGUUGGAAAAACACAUUUCUCAGCAAAAUAAACGCGCUAAAACUAACAAUUAUGGUGCGUUGUCAUCCAUGUGGCAAACAAUAUCGGAGUCGUCACGGCUGGUAGCGUCUCCGAAUAAGGCUCAUCUGCGGACAAACGAAAUCUCUCUGCCCAGGAAAGUCGAUAAAAGUAUAUCAAUGGGCUAUGUCGCUUCCUUAGACACAUCUGAAACUCCACAUCUACGAUCCUCGCCAUUGAGAAAAAGCGUGGCAUUUUCGGACAAACUCGAGUCUUCUCCACCGGCAGAGCUGCUAGACUCUAGUCCGCGCCAUUCCCCUUAUGCGAGACCUUCGAAACCUAUUUUAAAGCUCUCUAGCUCGCCCGUGCGCAUGAAGGUCAGCCCUCGUCGUUCUCGGCCCGGGUCCAAGAGAGCGCUCAGCGAACACUUUGAUCUAGACACGACCGAGAACAAAGAGUUCAACCCUUUGAGUAUCGAUUUCUGGGUGUGUGGCGAAGUACACAGCCUUUACAAUAUCAACAGUGUCACAGAAUUCAAGGCCAUAUUGACUGGGGGCCUUUACUUCCUUUCCAGUGCAACUCCUGCUGCUCAAAAACGAUUCUUUGAGUUUUACGCGACUUUCAACAACAUUGUGCCCGUUUACACGAGCCAAAACGACUCUGAAGUUAAGGACAAAAAGAACUCAAUAAUCAUAAAAAAUAUUGACCUGAUCUUAUCGACGGCAAUACCACAUUUGACCGAGUACCAGUCCACUUUAUUGAAAGCCCACAGAAAAGAUCCUUUUGUUUCGAGGACCUACGUUCAAAUCGUGCGCUUUUUGACUACAUUGUUCUCGAAUUUCAAAUUGAUAAAAGCCUGUGAUGGUAAUAAGCGCUUUUUAACUUCACUCCAGAAAGUUGUUCAGUGUUGCAUUGAGACAAUGCGCCAUCCAUAUUCGAACAAAGUAAUGAUCACGGCACAGCUGGCUUUUCUGCGCGAUGAGCAAUGUGGCUUGCAGAGAAUGACCGCCCCGAACGUCUCAGCUGUUAUCGAAGCAAUGACUCAAAUGAAGAGAAUUGAUAGCACAAAUUUGGUUUGCGAAAAGCUUCUUUUACUGAAACACUUCCUUGCAAAAUACACAGAUAUUAUGCUGGAGACGGUGUAUAUGUGGCUGCCGUCGGAGGUUCUAUCGAGACUGCUUGUUGACGGAUAUUUAUACUCCUCCAAGAUAACUAGCAGCUGUAUUUCGAUACUUCUCGACCUUCUCAAAAAAUGUUUAACUGACAGUACACAUCACAACGUGCUCGCUGUACUCAAGCAACCAGUAAGAGAUCUGCCCUUUGAUUCUGAAGACAAAUCUUCAAAAAGCAGCACAGUCGCCAAUACAGAUUCGAUUGUCGCGCAGCGACUUUUGGACCGUGUUGAGUUUCUGAUAACUGAAAAGGAUGAACCUAAGCUGGCUUUUGAUCUCUGGCUUGCUGCUGUGGGACUUCUUUUCAAUUCUGAUACUGAGCUUGUAGAUCUUUGUUCUGAUCCUGUGGAUCAGUGGUUGGAGCUAAACCUAAAAUACCAAAACGCGGGCGUCGAAGGUGUUUCGGGUUUGGCACUACGGUCGUGGAGAAUAGUAACUUACGUGAUAGGCACGAAAAGUUUGCCGGCAUCAACAAAUGGAGACGCCGGACACUUAACAAUGCUUCUCGAGCCUUUUACUUGUAUGCGCAAUGCAAGGGACACCGACUACGAGGAAGCUUGUUUCAUUUUGCGUGGGAUUUUGUAUUUGGCGCUCUGUAACCAUAAACCCAAUGUUUUCAGUUACAAUUUCAGGAAUAUCAUUAUACCAUUUCUAUCGGAACAGUUUGAUUCUUGCCCACUUGAGCUUCGCACGUAUGCUUUGGACAUACUCAACUUUUUAUUUCAACCACAGAAAAGCAAGAAGGGUCAUCAGAAAGACUUCAAUCCUUUGAAAGUGGUAGCAUCCCAGGGAGUGCAGGUAGAUGACUUUCUCCCGUUCUCCUCUCAGAUUUAUGGCCUCCACUGGCAUAUGUUAUUCGAAAUGGCACUUAAAUUACAAACGGGGUCUGAUACUAGCAUGCGCGAAAGCUCAUUCGAAUUUUUGACACUGACGAUUAAAAAUGUACCUCCCUCACUUGUAUCCCACGAGGUCAUGAAUUUCAGCAUGAACGCCCUAUCUGAGGCAUUGUUGUGUUCGCUUUCGAAUGUGCGCCGUCGCGUCAUUCAGGCCUUAACUUGCUGUAUAAUAGGCUUUCACAGCAAUUUGUGGACCUUCAGCGAAAAGAACUCCCGGCUAGAAGCUGCAGUAAGGAAAGUUGUAAAAGAUAGCAGCUUGAGUUACUUAGAAAUUUUAAAAGCCGUCACCGAAACAACAAAAAACUUUGUACCCGAUGUACAAGUUUACAACUACUUUAUGAGAUUCGAUGAUAGCCCCGUCGAAUCAUAUAUUUCCAACUAUGUCUGCUCCAAGAUACGCUCUGCAGAGAUGUCUCAAGAUACCUUCAUUGCCCUGCUAAGUAUCGCAGAUAAGAUCUCCAGUAGAGAUAUAGCGAAAAGUGUCAUGGACUCCUGUAACAAAGUAAUACGGGAUUCGGGAAACGACGAGCAUCACCUCAUGGUCUCUUGCGACAUUGCAACUCUGUCUAAAUACUUGCGAUUGCGUCUAAGCUUACAAGAACACCCCAUCCACCCCAAAUUCGCAUCACAAUUUGGCUUAACAAUAAAGAAGCAUAAUCAAGUUAAGUUUUGUCUACACAAAAUACUUGAUCACAGAUACUAUUCCACAUUGGUUUUGCAAGCAAUAAUUUUCGAAAGCAGUGAGACAACAGUCAUUUCGAGAGACUCUCUCGAAGCAUGGGUGCCAGUGAUCUCCAAGUUCCCGAUGGAUGAGUUCCAGGCCGUGUUGGAACAUUUCGACCUUUUGGCUCUUGACUUUGAGCUGUCAUUUCUAUUGCGAGCUUUGAAAUGCGAAGCCUCUGAAGACAUGAAAAUCUCUACCCAGAUUAUGGAGAGUUUAAAGUUUUCAGACUCUGGGCGGCACAAACUUACCGCGCACUCACAAAAUCUUCAACUUCAAGUCUUGAAUGAUUGUUGUACCAAUGGAUAUGUCAAACUUUUGAAUAAAGCUUUGAGAAAGUUCAUGACUUUGGAAACGGUUUCUUCUUUGAUGAAACAUUGGUGCGAGGAUUCAGGUCAAUAUUCCUCAGAAAUAGAUGCGGAAACUUUGGUUCUUCUGAUAGAUUGCAUGGAACAGGGUGGUGACCUACUCAAUGCACUCAAAGCUCGCCUGAGGACAGAGUCUUGUAACUUUGGCCUAAGUGCCAUCGAAGCGGCUUUGAAAUUCAAAAAGCAUAAUAUAAUAACAGAGUGCAAAGAAGAGAUUACACACUUGCUUCUCGAUUGUCGAGGCCAGCUCAAAAACAAUGAAAAUCGUGCGAUGGACGCGCUUAGAGAGACCCUAACUCUGCUCACUGCACCAGGAAAUGAGUCUCUAGAUGCCGUGCUGCAGGAGCUUUAUUUAACAUUGCCGGCGAAGAAAGGGACUUUAGCGUACGAGCAGCUGUCUAUUGUGUGCUCUGCCGAGAAUCUCGAAAGCAAGGAACUAAAGAUCAUUCGAGAGCGGCUCGCCGCUGGAUCUUUUGAUCUUAGCUUAGAAUCCGUUGAUGUGUCGGGCACUAAAGCUAAAUGCUCACGGCAGUAUCGAUUCAAGGCUAUACCGACAAAACCACCAGUUCGAACCCUCAGGGCUCGAGAAGCGGCAUCAGAGAGAGAGACCCCCAAUCAAGAUAACUUUUCUGAGACUAUUGUCACCCCUAAAGCUAAUUGUGACGUCGGCAAUGAAAACGGUUCUGUGACAGAACAAAAAACAAAAAGAAGGAACUUUCAAGAGAUAAUUAAAGCAGAAUCUCAGUCGCCACUCGUAAAACUCGAUGAACGCAACAGUCACAUAAAAACAACCCGCUCGUUGCACCAGGAUCACGAGCCAAGACUGGGCAAGACUGACCACCUUUCACGUUUGCUGUCAGCUGUCGACACCACAAGCGAUGUUGCUCAAGUUGAACGGCACAAUGCCACAAAUUACACAAGUGCUACUGAUGCCAAGGAGCCUGUGGGCCGUGAAAACUUGGGGAAAAAUCAAUGUAUGUCUGCCGAUCAGCAAGACGAUGGCCUUACUAGCACAAGCCAAAUGCUGACCAUGAAAUACCGAGAGGCCGAGGGCUGUUCAAAUUUAGAUGGUACCGGUGCAUCGCUAACGACUAGCGCCGCGGAAUCCCCUUCAACGCGUUUUGCUGUCGAAAGUGGUUUUGCGCCGCCAGAUGAGUGUACACUCCGAAAAACUAAAAGCUGUUGUGUGUCUCAAUCUAAAAUGAGGUCUCUCGAGGCUAAAGUUGAAGGGGCCCUUCCGGUACAAGUCGAUAAUGAAAAGCAUAAAGAAGAAUUUCCUGGUGAAUUGAAACUCCCCAUAUUCAACUCCGGUAAAGCCAAGGAAGCUUCGGUUGUUUACAGGCCUGUGCCAGAAAAUCCUCAAGCUGCCCUGAAAUUUCAAAACAAAAACAGCACUGCAGCGGAUACUGGCGAUGGAAAUCGUUCAAAUCCUUACGAAGUGUAUGAUGCAGAAAACAAUAAGUUCUCUGUUUUGGAUAGCCGUUCGGGCUUAGAUAGACAGACAAGAAUGAUAAUCAAAAUCAUCAAACAAUUUGGAAAGAACGAGUUCAGUCAGUUAACAGAAGCUCAGAAGACAUACCUAAGAAAUGCAGUCGUAAAAUUUGUUGCCAAACUGGACGUCAAUCCUUCGGACGAACAUAAGAUUAAUGAAGAAAUCUAG